AUGUCUGUUUCCUCUAGUGAAGUGACAGUGGCAAGAGACAUCAAAAAGGAAAAUGUGAAGUACACGGAGCCUCUCGAGAGCUCCAAGGGGAGUCUGGAGCACGUCAAACUCCUGACUCUGGUCACUCCAGUGGCCACCGGGAUGCUCUUGGGGCAGCAGCAGCAACAGCAGCACACCUCUCCGCCGGAGCGAAAGAUGCACAUUAUGGACUCUUUGUCUGCGCAUACUUCACCCACAGCAGCCGCCACCUCUUUGGCUUUCUCACCGGAGCAGGUUGCUUGCGUUUGCGAGGCGCUUCAGCAGGGAGGCAACGUGGAUCGGCUCGCCCGAUUUCUGUGGUCUCUCCCGCAGAGCGACUUAUUGCGCGGUAACGAGAGUAUCCUCCGCGCUCAGGCGCUGGUGGCCUUCCACCAGGCGCGCUACCAGGAGCUUUACAGCAUCUUGGAGAGCCACAGCUUCAGCCCUUCGUGCCACUCUGCCCUCCAGGAUUUAUGGUACAAAGCGCGGUACACAGAGGCGGAGAAGGCCCGCGGAAGACCGCUGGGCGCGGUGGAUAAAUAUCGCCUGCGACGGAAGUAUCCCCUGCCCCGGACCAUCUGGGAUGGAGAGGAGACGGUGUACUGCUUCAAAGAGCGCUCCAGGAACGCGCUGAAGGACCUCUAUAAGCAGAACCGGUACCCGUCCCCAGCCGAGAAGAGGAAUCUGGCCAAGAUCACAGGACUCUCUCUGACACAGGUCAGCAACUGGUUCAAAAACAGGAGGCAGAGAGACAGAAACCCCUCCGAGGCGCAAUCCAAAGGUGAGUCUGAUGGAAAUCACAGUACAGAGGAUGAGAGUAGUAAAGGUCAGGUGUCUUUGUCUCCGUGUCCUAUGUCUAUCUGCGGUGGUGGCACCGUGGUUAAUGCAGCUGUACCUCUCUGUUCCGGAGCUCUGGAUGCCGGAGUCAUGGUCCAGCAGGUUGGAGACAGCAGGAACUCUGUCUCACCACCUUCCGUCAUCUUUAAUGGUGUCUCUGUCAAUACACCCACCUCUGUUUUCCACAACGGCACCCCCUCCUUCCUGUCCUCCACUGGACAUGUCCUCUUCAGUGGCAUGAACUUGGGACUCCAGCCCCUGGCUUGCAGGUCUGCAGUGGAUGUAGAGCUGGAUGGUGCAGGACAGGAUAAAGGGGUAACUGUGUCAUCAGGGGCAACAGACCCUGCAUUGGCAUACACCUCGUUUCACUGCAGUGUGAAGGGGACAGGGGUGGAGGUGAAAGCAGCGGCUGGCUCGCCAUUUAGUGCUUCCACCUCUAGUGGAUCCCUACAGCUUGAUGGUUACAGCUUAGUGACAGUACCAGGAGUGCUUCCUGAUGGCAAUGGAACCUCACUGCUUAGCAACAAGGUGGCACUUCCUCCUUUGCAACUUCCAUCAUCUUCUUCACCCUCAACAGUAACACAAGCUGCUGUAUCAUUGAGUAGUGUCGGUGGCAACACUGCUUCUCCUACCUCUCUAUACCACCUCCAAGUGGAGGAGCAGGACAGGCUGCGGCUGACCACUCUGGAGCCUAGCGCGGUGCUUUACAGCCUGGCUACCACACACACACUGUCCGCUGUCAAGAAGGAACCUCUGGAGAGUGCUGAUGAAUAUCUUUACCACCCCACACUUCACCUGGAGCAGACUGGCCACCUGGGUUACACAGACACCCCUGAGCCCACGCACAGCUCCCCCACCUCACUUAACACUACCAUGACAACUACCCAGCAAGAAUACACCACUCUCACAGUGAGUGCCCCCUUACUCGCCCAAACUGACUUAACCGGUGAGUUCAGAGGUUUUGACGCCCAGGUGACCUCAAACCUAAAUGGUGACUUCCUGUGUGCAGUUUCAGUGGAGGGGAAGGUUACAGGUGAGAUGGUAAGAGAAAUGGAGGAAGAAGAGGAAAAGCAACUGACUAAACUAAAAACAGUACAUAUAGCGGAAGAGAUGGCUGACCUUUGAACUUAUUGGACAUUAUUUCUGAUGAUUGUUUUUUUUUUAGUUUUUUUUUUUUUUAGUUUGUGCCUCUAAAUAUUUUGUUUUUAAUAUAGGUGUUAAAUUAUUUUAGUAUCUGCCAUCCACAUGGCUUGAUAUUGCACUCCAGUUUGGUUUGGGUAAUUACGCAAAGUCAUGUUCAUCAUUUUUAGGUGUUUGUUUUUUUCUCUCUCUCUUUCUCUCAGCAUUUGAGUAUAAUGCAAUAAUACCUUUACAUAUUCUUUCCAUAUCUUCUCCUAUGCUCUUUUUACUUUCUUUAAAAUGUGUUUACAAAUUUCAAGCUCCAGAUACUAAUUCUAGCAUCAAAGCCAGACAGUUCUCCUUUUCAUUCUGUCUCUCCCUCUAUCUCUCUUUCUCUCUCUGUGGGGAGUGUGGACACAUGUGUAUUUUAUGGGAGUCACCUGCUAGUUUCUGCCACGAAGAGCUGAGUUAAACAAACAGGUGGAUGUCUGGUUAUGUGACAUCCAUGUUCUACAGUCCCGCAAUGUCAUCUGGGUCGAACCUUAAAGGUCACCCUCCCUAAUCCACAUACACAUAGUAAUGCACAGACACACUUUAUUUCCAUGCAGAUUAAAUACUUAACAAAUCUGUGUUAGACAUAACAUUGCCUGCAGCUACAUUAAUAAUAUGCACAUUUGGAAGACAUUACUGACACUGACUUUAUGCUGAUGCUAAUGAUGUUAUCAGUAUAAAUAUUGCAGUUUCAAUAUGUUAUACAGCUGUCAUGAACAGUUUUAAAGUAUUAUGUGUACACAUUAUCUUGUAUCAUAUGCUUAGCAUUAGUGGUUUAAUUUGCGAUGCAAACUGUUUCGGGACAACAAUAUGAAUAACUUAAACCUUCACCAGGUCAGUCAGAUGAGUGAAGGGAAUAGUUUUUCCCAAAGCAUUUGAAUAAACUCACCAUCUUUGUUUUGCAGUGAUCCAGCAAUCCAAAGGCAGACACAAGCCGACCAUGUAAACAACAAAAAAUUUGCUGAAAAACUGAAUGUCAUGUAAAAGUAAAAGCCAGCAAUAAGACAAAUGCAGCUAUUAAUUUACAUAUACAACCAAAAAAACAUUGCAAUAGAUUUUAAUAAAACAUGUCAGCACAGUUGUAAAUGUGAAAAAGAUUUAUAUGAUUGUGUUCCUAUAUGUGUAAGUCUGUUAGAAUGUGGAAGUGUGCAAGUGAAUAAGUUUUUGGUUUCGAGUUUGUGCCUUCCCGCUUCCUGAGGCUCGACGUUUGAUUGGACGUCAGGGUGCCUGUCUUUUUUUUUUUUUUUUUUUUUUUUUUUUGCAGUAUUUUACUCUACAACAACAGCUAUGCAGUCGUCCUGGGUAUAACAGCCGACUUUUAGAAAUCAGAGAUAAUAGCAAUGCUAUUUUGCCUUUGUAAACUCAAAGAGUGAUUAUCAGAAAUGAAAGGCACAAAGGUGUGAAAAAUAAACCAACGCAAAUUUGUAAAUGUAUGAUCAAAAAGUAAAACAGCCUUAUGAAUAUUAUUUUAGCAUGAACAAAAAUGUUAAAAGUUUAAGACAAUAUGAUGUAUUUUUCUAAAAAAUAAAUAAAUAAAUACAUAAAAAGUACAAAAAGUGUUCCAUUAAAUGUUUAUAUUCAAUAAAUAUAGCCUCAUCUAAGUUAUUUCAUUCAUGAUUUUGAGGGUUUUAAAAACUCUCGAAAUGGACGUUGGAACUCCAGAUUUUAGAUUUGUUUGUGUUUUAAUGUUAUGUCUACAAUUGACGUUAAAAAUUCUGACUGACAGGAAGCAUGCAAAUAAACAGAUUUAAGUACAGCCAGGGAGGGGAGACCUAAUAGAGAAUGGCCAGGCCGGGUGCUGGAAAAUCAGCGGUGAUCGUUUGCACAUGCCUGGUGGUCUGGAGCUUGUUAGCAAGCUGCUCUUGUCUCAGACUCCUAAAUUCAAAUAAACAGGAGGGCGAUUUCUGGAGGCCCUGCCGUCUCCUGUUAGGGGGGCUCCAGAAAGAGGUAGAGAAAUGGACAUACAGACAGCAAAAUUCACUCUGAUUUGUAAAUAAGUGUUAUAGGUGGCACUGAGCUGCAGUGGUGUCUCUCAAACACAUCAUACAGUUUUAAGGGCACUAAACCUAUAGGCAGCCAAACAAUUUCUGACCCCAAAACCUUUAUCUGAUUUGAACGCUUCAUGAGCAUUUGAUUGACACUCUGAGGGAACUGGCUGAGUAACAGGCUGAGUUUGGAUGCCAAACUAACCUCUAAAAGAUUGAAUUUGUCUUUGUGAACAUUAUUGUUGUUCAUGGCUCCUCUCACAGAGGAGGGGAAAACAGAACAGGACAACAAAGAACGAGAGGGAGAGAAAUAAUUGGAACAGAUUGUAUGAGGAGAGGAAAUAGGAGCAUUGUCACCUGUUCCCAAACAGCCUAGGUGACCCCACUGCCAUGAGAGAUGGUAUCAGAUAACACCAGCUUGAACAAUGAACGCAGUGAAAGAGAAAACUGAAGAGACCUAGUGUUUUUGUGUGUUGUUAGAGUUUAAAAUGAACUGAUUGUAAUUUGGCAGAACUCUUAUGCUGCAGGAUGUGUGAUGGUUUUAUGUCAUAUUUUCACAUUAACCAUGCAAAUGAAAAUGAGAUUGUGAUUGAAACCACACAUACAUGUCAAACAUACCUCAUACUGUGUAACUAUGAAAACAGUAAGAGAGAACUUGCAAUAAAAAAUAUGAACCUCUCAAACUGAGCCUUUUAAAAACUAUGACCUCUCACCGCAAACUGGGGGGGUUAACCCUGAAUGGCAAACAGAGAACUGGAUUUGUAACCUGAAUCUCUCCCCAUACCCCCACUAAUGAGAGGUGAAAGGGCACAGAGAGCUCCGUGCCAUUCCUCAGCUGUGUUUCAUACCUGUGUGUGAGAGAGAGAAUAAUGAAUAAGAACCAGACCUGCUGUGUUAUUUUGUAAGUGUGAAUGUGUAAAUGCACAUAAAUCAAGUGCCAGAUAUACAUGCUGAUAGGGAUGUGUGAAGACCUGAGUGUCUUUAAA